AUGUCUAUGGAACACGGGAAGCUGGUGAGCACGUGGGGAAUCUUCUCUCUACGAAAAAGAUCUGGUUGCAACGCCCUGAUCAGCUCCGUCCUGACCCCGUAUAUGAUCAUCGUGAAAAUCCCCACGUUGGUGAUGGCAGACUCCGAAUCGCUAUUACCGCACCAACAAGAAGCAUUGGACUUUAUGAUUCAAAGGGAAGUUGGUCCAGUGCCAUUUGAAUUCUCUCUCUGGCGUCCUGGCGAGUCUGAUGGUCAAACCUGGUAUUGCCAUGCAAUCACGGAGAGAAAAACAGCACAUCGCCCACCAGAGACCGGGGGAGGUAUACUUGCGGAUGAGAUGGGAAUGGGCAAAUCGUUAUCGAUUCUGGCGCUGAUCACAAAGACCAUCGAAGAUGCUCACAAAUGGGUCGCUGACCCCGCGUCCUUUCCAUUGACCAUGAUCGACGAAGAGAAACAGCCUUCUCGUGCAACUUUGGUUGUAGUAUCCUCAGCUCCCAAACAUCUCGAUGGGUCAUUGACUACGCUAAAGUAUCAUGGAAAGAAUCGCAAGAGGGAGAAGGUUAUCAUCCGAAAUUCAGACGUAGUUAUUACUACUUACCAUACCUUGGCGACGGAAUUUGAAGCGAGCUCCAGCUUACUUCACCAAAUUGCGUGGUUCCGGGUAGUACUCUAUGAGGCCCACAUUGUGAGAAGACAAAGCUCUAUCUUCUGGCGCGCAGUCUCUCAGUUGAGCGCCAAUUCCCGUUGGUGUCUGAGCGGUACCCCCAUUCAAAACAGAAUUAACGAUAUUGGGGCUCUAUUUACCUUUCUUAAGAUACCUCCAUUUGACAGCAUGGCUACAUUUCGAAGAUACAUCACAAGUCCUUUUGACGAGGGUGACAGACAACGUGCUUCGCAUUGUCUCAGGUUGCUUCUUGAUUUGACGUGCCUCCGUCGGACGAAGGACUUGUUGCACCUUCCUAGGCGACGGGAUAUAACGCGGGAAUUAGAUUUCUCAGAGGAGGAAAGACGCCAAUACAAUGAGAUGAGAAAGGUCAUGAACAGGACUAUCCGCGAAGACAGAGAGAAAGGGCGCGGACAGAGCAAGUUUGGGAUAUUCCAGGCACUACUCCAACUGAGAAUAUUUUGCAACCACGGCACAUUUCAGAAGCGUAAUCCAUGGCUCACCAGGAGGGCGCUUGACGAAUAUGCAAGCGAUCCAUUCAAGGGAUCUAACAAGAUUGAAUGCUCCUUAUGUGGUAGAACAAUGAGCCAGGACCAGGGAAUUUCAGAAGAAAGCGUCAUCGGCGGUAAUAUAUUUGCUCUUUGCUCUGCUUGUUUGGAAGAGAAUGAACAAGGCGAACGGUCGCAUGAGAACCGAGUGAAAGUUGCGGCGACGAGACGGCAAUACGACGACUUUAACGCUCAAGGAUUUUCUACAAAGAUGGCAAACCUUGUUUCAGACGUCCAAAAAGAUUUGUUGACAACAAAGAGGCAAGCACCAGCUGAAGUUUCAGUGACUCCGCUGCAAACUGACUCUAUUACAACAUAA